AUGAUUGGUCCUGGAGGGUUGGAAAUCCUAAUCAAGGGAUAUGAGGCCCAAAAGAAUAUGACACGGCCGACCGGAUUACAACUUGCAAGGGCGGAGGUGUUGCGAAAUUACUAUAAGAAAAUUGAGAGAUGCCGGAGAUGGAGGACGACCGAGGUACGACAGCGAGAUUGGAUGACGAGGACAGCGGAGCAUCUCAGAUAUGUAGUGAUUUUUCUGUUGAUUCUCCUUCCUAUCUCCCCUUCUGUAAUCUGUGUAUUGUUUUCUCCUCGUCCCUGUACCGUAACUUCUUCCAUUUCUGCAAUUUGUUUUUUUCUUUUUCAUUGUAGAUUUCCACCCCCUUCUUCUGUAAUUCGUUUUGGAUUUUAUAGCUUUUAG